AUGACACGAGAAUACGCAGGAGAAGGAAUCAAAUGGCAUUUCAACCCGGCCGGCGCGCAGCUCUUUGGAGGAUUAUGGGAGGCGGCGGUACGAUCGGCGGAGCACCAUUUGAUACGCGUCUUGGGGGACAAUCCAGUUAACCCUGAAGACUUCACCACAUUGUUAGUUCAAGUAGAGGCCUGCUUGAACUCACGACCAAUUACAUCGAAGUCAGAAGAUCCCAACGACUUGGAACCUCUGACUCCCGGACUCUUCAUAAUUGGCAAACCAAUACAGCAACUACCAGAUCCAGACAUCUCCAAUAUUCCCAUGAACCGACUUAACUACUGUCAGGCAGUUCAAAAACAAUUACGAGAAUUCUGGAAGAGAUGGCGUACGGAGUACUUGACACAGCUACAGGGACGGGCGAACGUUGGCAACCGCCAAUCAUAA